UCUCGGGGCGUUUACACCGCUCUGGCCGCCAUCAUGGGGGCGUUCUCUGUGGCGGGAAUCGCCCUCAACGUGCUGGUGAUCGUGGUGACAGUGAGACACCGGCAGCUGAGGCAGCCGCUCAGCUACGCCCUGGUCAACCUGGCCGUGUGUGACCUGGGCUGCGCCGUGUUCGGAGGCCUGCCCACCACCGUCACCACCGCCACGGGACACUUCGGCCUGGGACGAGUGGGCUGCGUGUUGGAGGGCUUCGCCGUCGCAUUCUUUGGUAUCGCAAGUCUGUGCACAAUCACGAUCAUUUCUGUGGAACGCUACAUCGUGGUGUGUUAUCCCAUGGGAGCCGUUCUGUUCCAGACCAGACACGCCAUCGCCGCUGUGGUUCUGUCCUGGGUGUGGUCGUUUGUGUGGAACACUCCGCCGCUCUUUGGUUGGGGAAGUUACGAGCUGGAGGGCAUAAAGACUUCCUGCGCCCCCAACUGGUACAGCCGCGAUGUCGGCAACAUGUCGUACAUCGUCAUUUACUUUUCCUUUUGCUUUGCGGUGCCCUUCUCCAUCAUCAUGGCGUCGUACUCUCGUCUACUGUGGACACUUCGUCAGGUAACCAAGCUUCAGGUGUCCGAGGCCGGAAGCACAAACCGUGCGGAGGUGCAGGUGGCUCGUAUGGUGGUGGUGAUGGUGUUUGCCUUCCUGGUCACGUGGCUGCCGUACGCCUCCAUGGCGUUAGCGGUCGUCGUCGACUCCAGUCUGCACGUCGACCCGGUUCUCGCCACUGUACCUGUUUAUCUGGCUAAGAGCAGCACCGUCUACAACCCCAUCAUAUACAUAUUCAUGAACAGACAGUUUCGAGGAUAUGCCGUAGCGGCCAUCUUGUGUGGACGGAACCCGUGGACAUCCGACUCGUCUGAGGGCGAGACGACUGUUGCCACUGUCAACAAGAGCCAGAGAGUCUCACCCAAACAAUCUCUAAAAGAUUAAAACUUUACAACUAAUGUCUUUUUUAUUGAGGCAUGAACUUAAAAGUACCACCGAUAUGCUGAUGAUAUACUGAUAUGUCCAUCGAAGCACCAAAAAUGGAUUUUAUCAUCUUUUUAAAUCAUUUCUAUCUGACAUGAAUUGUAUUGUAUUUAUUUAUAUAUAGUCCAAAACAUAUAAAGAUUAUAUGCAUGUAACAAAUUUACAACAUUACAAGUUUGGUAUGAUUUAAUCUGCUAAAGUAAAGGCAAAAAGUGCACCUUAAAGUGAACCUUCAUUUUGACGCAGCCUAAAAGGUUCACGUUAACAUUUAUAAACGAGUGAUUAUUAAUUUUUUAAACUGUAGAAUUAGCUUUUUAACA